AUGCUUUGGAAUCGUGCUAUCACUCAAAUCCAAGAAAUUUCAGCAGUAAUUUCCAUUCUUGGCAAACUACUAUUGAUUCUUUUAAUAAUCACAAAAUCACCAAGACAACUUGGUUCUUAUAAAUAUCUGAUGAUCUAUAUUUCAACUUUUGAAAUAAUAUAUUCAAUAGUUGAUGUUAUUGUUAAACCAAUCAUUGUUUCUCAUGAUUCGAUUUUUAUAUGCAUUUCUAAAAAUUUCUCGCUUCCCAAAGAAAUUAGUUCAUAUUUGAUAUUGAUUUGGACAGGAUUUUUUGGAAGUUUUUUGGGAUUUUUCGAAAUUCAAUUUAUUUAUCGAUAUUUGGUAGCGUGUAGAUCAAAAGUCCUCAACACUUUUAAUGAUAAACGAAUUUUUCUCUGGAUGAUGUUUCCAGCAACUGUCGGAAUAUUUUGGGGGUCAAUUAAUAAUUUUUUCUUCCGGCACAACCCAAGAAUCAAUCGCGAUAUCAAAUCAUUAGUGUUAGAGGAGUACAAUUGGGACAUUGAAAAGGUUGUUUAUAUUGGAGAAAAUCUCUAUGAGCCUUCAGAAAAUGGUGGAGUCCAGAUUAACAAAAAAUGUUUGAUUGGAAUCAUAAUUGUUUGGACAAUUAUUAACAUUUCAAUUUUAACUGUCUCUUUCUUUGCCAUCAAAUGUUAUUUGAAAAUACACUCAGAAUUCAAAGGUUCAAUCAAGCUUAAUCAUCUUCAACAUCAAUUAUUCUACGCAUUGGUUACGCAAACAUUGAUUCCUUUUAUUUUAAUGCAUCUUCCAGCUAGCAUUAUUUUCUUUUCUACAAUGUUCAAUCUAAAUCUGGGAAAUUCAAGUUCUAUCGCAGCGAUUUCCUUUGCUAUUUUUCCUGCAUUGGACCCACUUCCAGUAAUACUCAUUAUCAAAAAUUAUCGAAAUGCCGUUGCGAAUGUUGUCACCACUCGUGUCUUAAUGAUAUCUAAAAAAAAACCGUAA